CUAGGGUUUUUCUCUCUCCUAUUUUUGUACCUCCUCUUCUCCACUCUCUCUCUCUCCCCAUCUUCCCAACAACAAACACAACAAUGGUGUCCUUCGAAGUCGGCUUCGUCCCCUUCAACCCAGAUGGCUGGGGCCCACCAGAAACCACCACCACCACCGCCGCCGCCGCCGCAACCCCAUCUACCACCACCGUCCCCAGCAACGUUCCUUUCGCCCCCUUUUCUCGCUCCGAUAAACUCGGCCGAAUUGCCGAUUGGACUCGCAACCUCAACAACCCCUCCAACCGUCGCAACAACGCCAACGACUCCGUUUUCGAUUUCACCGGCGAUGAUUCCUUCGCCGCCACACUCGCCGCCGAUGAAGACUCCUCCUUCCGCCUUGUCGACGGUAAACCCCCUCCUCGCCCUAAAUUCGGCCCUAAAUGGCGCUUCCAUCACCACCAUAACAACCCGUCUCGCCAUCUCCCUCAACGCCGAGACGAAGAAGUCGAAGCUCGUAAACGUGAGGCUGAGAAGGAGCGUGCUCGCCGUGAUCGGCUUUACCAUAAUAACCAUCGCAUUGGUGGUGGACAGCAUCAACGCCGCGAAGCCGCGGUGUUUAAGUCAUCAGUUGAAAUUCAGCCUGAGUGGAAUAUGCUUGAGCAGAUUCCUUUCUCUACUUUUUCCAAGUUGUCCUUCUCUGUUCCUGAGCCAGAAGAUCUUCUGUUUUGCGGGGCGCUUGAGUCUUAUGAUCGAACGUAUGACCGCCUUACCCCGAAAAAUGAGCGUAGGUUGGAGAGGUUUAAGAAUCGGAACUUCUUCAAGGUUACAACUACUGAUGAUCCUGUGAUUAGGAGGUUGGCUAAUGAGGAUAAGGCUACUGUUUUCGCUACUGAUGCGAUAUUGUCGACGCUUAUGUGCUCGCCGAGGAGUGUUUACAGUUGGGAUAUUGUGGUUCAGAGGGUUGGGAAUAAGCUGUUCUUUGAUAAGAGAGAUGGGUCUCAGUUGGAUUUGUUGUCUGUUCAUGAGACUUCGCAGGAACCGUUACCGGAGUCGAAAGAUGAUAUCAAUUCCGCUCAUUCUUUGAGUGUUGAGGCUGCUUACAUUAACCAGAAUUUCUCUCAGCAGGUUUUGGUUAAAGAGGGGAAGAAGGUGAGCUUUGAGGAGCCGAACCCGUUUGCGAAUGAGGGAGAAGAGGUGGCUUCUGCUGGGUAUAGGUAUAGAAGGUGGAAGCUUGAUAAUGAUAUGUAUUUGGUUGCUAGGUGUGAGCUACAGAGUGUGCUUGAGAGUAAUAAUCAAAGGCAGUUUUUGACACUGAAUGCUUUGAAUGAAUUUGAUCCUAAGUAUUCUGGGGUUGAUUGGAGGCAGAAAUUGGAGACUCAAAGAGGUGCUGUUUUGGCUACUGAAUUGAAGAACAAUUCUAAUAAGAUGGCUAAGUGGACUGCUCAGGCGCUUUUGGGUGGUGCUGAUAUGAUGAAGUUGGGGUAUGUUUCGAGGGUUCAUCCCAGGGAUCAUUUUAACCAUGUGAUUCUCGGUGUUGUUGGAUAUAAGCCUAGGGAUUUCGCGUCUCAGAUUAAUUUGAACAUGGCUAAUAUGUGGGGAAUUGUUAAGAGUAUUGUUGAUUUGUGUAUGAAGCUGAAUGAGGGCAAGUAUGUGCUUGUUAAGGAUCCCUCGAAGCCCCAGGUUAGGAUUUAUGAGGUGCCUGCUGAUGCUUUCGAGAAUGAUUAUGUUGAGGAGCCAUUGCCUGAGGAGGAGCAAGCUCAGCCUCCUACAGAAGAUGCUGCUAAUGGCCUUUCUUCUGAGAUUAGUGUGGCUGCCACCGAUGUGGAGGACAAGGAGAUUACUGCCGUACCUUAAGAGGGAACUUAUACUCGGAGCUCCACCAAUCAUCAUGAAUCAGUGCUGUCUACAGUGUCUCCUUUUCGAAAAUUUUCCCCCUUUGACAUGCACAUCUAUUGAAAAAACUUUGCUGUGGUGUUAGGGUUGAUUAUGCAGAUUCACAAACAGGAAAUUGUUGUUGAUUUUGCAGUCAAUGUAACCAGCGGUCAUUGAUUUUGUAGUUUUUUAAUCUCUGUUGUAGUUGAUAUUCUAUUAACAUAUAGAGCUAAAUUGAAAUCGAAGAGUUUUAAUGAACCUCAAUUUGCUUGUGCCAAUAAUAGUUUUUUGUGUGUUAAGAAAACAUGUACAAAGUUUGCUUUAAUUGUGGAAUUUAAUUUAUGUUAAAGCUGCACGUAA